AUGGAAGAACAACAACGUUUACAUGCAUUUUCUUCACAUAUACAACAUUAUUCACCAAUGGAUUAUCAUCGAUUUCAAUCCACAUACCCAAUACGUCCUUAUCAUCAUCCUACAGGUACAUAUUCAAAUCAAUCUGAUUGUUGGUUCCCACAACCAUCACAUCCUACAGCACCACCAACAUCAAAUUCAAAAUAUGAUCCAACAUUUGAUUAUCAUUCUCAUCCUUAUGUUACUUAUAAUCCUCAACAAACAAAUCCAACAACUGAUCUUGAUUAUAAAUCAAAUACAUCAGCAUCAACUAAAGCUACCGUAGCUGCUUAUUUUAAUUUUAAUUUCAAUUGCGAACAAGCUCAUAAUCAUCAUCAUCAUUUAUUUGCAGACAAUCCUUCAAUAGGAGGAGGACCAACAACACCAUCAUCAUCUCAAUUAAUUUCUCCAAAUAGUUAUAAACAACAAAUAAAUAAAAAUGAUUUAUCAUCAACAAUACGAUUAAGUCCAAAAGCUUCAUCUUCUGGUGCGUCAUCAUCAAAUGAAUCUUUAUCGAUGAAUAAUGGUAUAAGUCCAGCUCAAUCAGUUCCUGUCAAUUCAAAACCACGUAAAGAACGUACAGCUUUUACAAAAAAUCAAAUACGUGAAUUAGAACGUGAAUUUUUAAAACAUAAUUAUUUAACACGUUUACGUCGUUAUGAAAUAGCUGUUGCACUUAGUUUAACCGAACGACAAGUGAAAGUAUGGUUUCAAAAUCGUCGUAUGAAAUUUAAACGUGUUCGUGGUGCUGUUUUAGCUAAAGUUGAUAAAGUUAAUCAAAAAACAUGUUACCAUUCAAAUAAUGAAGAACAAGAUGGAGAUUCUGAAGAUGAUGAAAGCAUUGCUAGCCACUAG